UCAGAAUAAAUAAAUUAAUUAAAAUGUUUAAUUUAUUUUUAAUUUCUUUAAUAAUUUUCAUUUUAAAUCCUUCUUUUGUUUUAUCCCAAGAAAAAAUAUCGUUAAGAAAAGAAUUACCGGAAGAACGCUUAACUGUGCCAGGAAUAAUUAAAUAUUAUGGAUAUACUUGUGAAAUACACAAAGUUAUAACAGAAGAUGGAUAUAUUUUGGAAAUGCAUAGAAUCCCUUUUGGCCGGAAUUUUAAUGAAACAGAACAGAAAAAGCCUAAAAAAGUAGUUUUUGCCCAGCACGGAUUGUUGUCCUCCAGUUUUGAUUGGGUAUCCAAUUUGCCCCACCAAUCGCUAGCAUUUUUGUUGGCAGAUGCCGGAUUCGAUGUUUGGAUGGGAAAUAUGAGAGGGAAUCUUUACUCGAAAGAUCACGAAAAACUUUCACGACUAGACGAUAAAUACUGGGAUUUUACUUGGGACAAGAUGUCCUCCAUAGAUUUGCCGGCAAUGAUAAAUAAAGCUUUGGAAGUUAGCGGACAGUCAAAAUUAUAUUAUGUUGGACACAGUCAAGGAACUUUAAUUAUGUUUGCACAAUUGUCUAAUAACAAUCGAGAAUUUGUUGAUAAAAUUAGCAGAUUUUAUGCCUUAGCACCUGUUGCCACAAUAAAGUACAUUAAAGGAUUAAUUGAUAUAUCAGGAAAAUUGUUUGGUAUUCAACUGGAAAUUCUGAAUAGACAUUUUGGUUCAAAUGAAUUUCUUCCAAGUAAUUUUGUAACACAGCAAAUUGCCCGAACCCUUUGCGGUGCAAAUUGGCAAAAACCAAAUUGUAAAAAUAUUAUGUUUUUAAUUGGUGGAACUGAUAGUAAACAGAUGAAUCAGACUCGUGUAACAGUUUACUCAACUCAUGCACCUGCAGGAACUUCAACAAGAAAUAUUGCUCAUUGGGCUCAAAUGCAUCAUUCUGGUUUAAUGCAAAAAUUUAAUUACGGGUCGAAAAGGGCAAAUCAGAAACAUUAUGGACAAGUAAAAAAUAAUUUAAAAUUUACUAAUUUUAAAAAUAUAGUUAGACCUCACUUAUUUGUACACUCCGAAAAAAGGAUAUCCUGA